ACAGCUCUUCUCCUCUUCUCAGUUCUCAUUAUUCUUUCCUUCCUAGUAGAAGUAAGUGCUGACAUCUACUCAAAUUAAGCCAGAAAAAUGGCCUCUUUUGCUCCAUCCCACUGCAUCCUAAAGCUCUUUCUUCUGAUUUCUCUCUUCAGUUCAUGUUUUGGUUCAAGAAUCAUUGGCAGAACAUUGGGCCAAGACAAUCAAUUCCAGCUACUGCACUACCACAAAGGUGCACUUCUCAGUGGAAGGAUUUCUGUCAACUUAAUAUGGUAUGGCAAAUUCAAGCCAUCCCAAAGGGCUAUCAUAGCUGAUUUCAUAACCUCACUUUCUUCAUCCUCCGCCCCGGCUCAAACCCAGCCGUCCGUGGCAUCCUGGUGGAAAACCACUGAAAAAUACUACCAGCUCGCGAAUUCCAAAAAGCCCUCUUCGCUAUCCCUCUAUUUAGGCAAACAAAUCUUGGACGAGAAUUACUCCCUGGGGAAAUCACUCACCAGGAAACAAAUCGUGGAGUUGGCAUCCAAGGGUGAACAGAGAAAUGCCAUCAACGUUGUUUUGACUGCAGCUGACGUUAUCGUGGAUGGGUUUUGCCAGAGUACUUGCGGGUCGCACGGAUCGUCCAAGGGGGCUGCAAUUCAGGGGAAAAAUUACAAAUUUGCAUACAUCUGGGUUGGGAAUUCAGAAACUCAGUGCCCAGGAUACUGCGCUUGGCCGUUCCAUCAACCCACGUACGGGCCACAAAAUCCACCAUUGGUUGCACCGAAUAAUGAUGUGGGCAUGGAUGGAAUGGUGAUCAAUUUGGGUAGUCUCAUGGCCGGUACUGCAACAAAUCCUUUUGGCAAUGGAUACUUUCAGGGUCCAGCUGAAGCACCAUUGGAGGCUGCCUCAGCCUGUCCUGGGGUUUAUGCUAAGGGGGCUUAUCCGGGCUAUCCUGGGAACUUGUUGGUGGAUCGCACGACUGGUGCAAGCUACAAUGCACAUGGUACCAAUGGCAGGAAAUAUGUGCUACCUGCACUGUAUGAUCCAUCAACUACCACAUGCUCGACUCUGGUCUGAGAGUUUAGGAUGUACAAGAUGAAGCUGUCAUCUUAGGAGAAUCAGUAAAAUUAUUGUAAUUCAUUGAUUCAUUUAUUUAUUCGAUACAUCCACUAAUCAGAACGGCAAAUUUCUUUGGUUUGCUAAUUCGAUGUA